AUGAAGCAGGCUCCCGGGCGCCGCAGAGGCUCUUUCCAGGGUAGGCGCCCGCUCAAGGUGGAGCCCAAGGAACAGAUGCUCGCGAAGAAGGCGUUUCACCACCUGAAGACGAUCAAAAAGGAGAUAAAAAAAUCCAGGGAGUUUGAGGUGCGCAAGAUACUGCGCCGCAUCAAGCAGGCCAAGGACCAGCAGGCCAAGGGAGACCCCAGCGGCGAUGCUGCGGCUACAGCCAAGGCGGGAGUGCAGAAGCUGGAGGCCCAGCUUGCACUUGCCAAGGCAGCCGAUGUGGAGCGGCUUGCAGCCCAGGCAGCCCGCGCAUGUGGGCUGCAGGCCCCAGCACCGCAGCAGCUGCAGCAGCAGCAGCAAGGCCCGACCGUUGAGGCCCAGGAUGCGGGCGUGCCAGCCCCUCCUCAGGGGCAACAGCGCGGUGCUGCUGCCGCAGCCGCUGGCGGCAGCCAAGCGACGCUGCAGCAGGUGGUAGAGGGCCGCAUCCUGGGAGCCAAGGCGGUCAAGGAUCGGCUGGCCGAGGUGCAGAAGGAGAUGCAGCGGUUGGAGGAGGAGGCGGCGCAGCGCGAGGCGGCGGCAGCAGCAAGAGCGGCAGCAGCGCCAGCCCCUGGAGGUGGCACAGCAGCAGAGGCUGGAGACGGGCAUGCUGCAAAGCAGCCAGGCAGCCAGAAGCGCAAGAAGCACGAGGAGGAGGAGGAGGAGGAGCAGCAGCAGAAGAAGCAGAACAAGCGUGCAGCAGGGGCGGCGGUGGAUGAUGUGGCGGCGGGGGCGCUGGCAAAGCUGCUGGGCACCCGUGGCGCUCGUUCGGCGCCGCCAGCCGCGGCCGAGGGCGGCAGCGACAGCGAGGACGACUCUGGUGUGUUUGAGUCUGGCAGCGACGACGAGCGGUGGCUGAUUGACAGCGAUGAAGAACAGUCACUGCAGAGCGGCGGCGGCGGCGGAUCUGAGGAAGAAGAAGAUGGAGAGCAGUUGGGCAGGGACGUGGCGAGCCAGGUCAGCGCCAGCGAGGGAGAGGAUGACAGCAUUCAAAGCGGCAGCGACGACGAUGCUGCGGGCGGCAGCCCUCCAACCACCAACCGGAAGCGGCAGCAGGGCCAGGCUGCCAAUGGCAUCCAGCAGAAGGGCAAACAGCAGCAGCUGUUGCCCAAGCAGCAGCAGCAGGCAAAGCAGGAGCAGAAGAAGAGCAAGGCGCCUCCCAAACCCAAGAACCGGCUGGGGCAGCGGGCGAGGCAACGCUUGGCGGCCAUGCAGUUUGGCCGCGCGGCCAAGCACCUGCAGCAGGAGCAGCAGCAGCGGCAACGCGACAAGCCAGCCGCAAGCCGCGUGGCGCCGCUGCAGCAGAGCAAGGCAGUGGCAGAUGCAGCGCCCCUGCACCCCUCGUGGGCCGCCAAGCAAGCGCAGAAGCAGAAGCUGCAGAUGAGCAUCUCAAGCGGGGCGGCGGCAGCCAAGAAGAUCGUGUUUGAUGAUGAGGGAGGGCAGCAGAAGCAGCCAGAGCAGCAGCGGCAAGGGCGCAGCAGCGGCAGCAGCGGCAGCCACCACAGGGGUUCACAGCAGCGGCAGAGCGUGCCCGGCAAGGGUGCCGCAGCAGCCAAGCCUCUGCAUCCCAGCUGGGAGGCCAAGAAGCGGCAGCAGGCGCAGCAGAAGCAGCUGCUGCAGCCGGGCACUGGCACCAAGAUCACCUUUGAUGAUGAGUGA